AUGAAGAUGCGAGGAAGUUCACUUGUCAAAGAUUUAGAACAAUUAAUAAAUAAUCCAAUAUAUAGUGAUCUCAGAAUAAUAAGUGAAGAUAAUGUAAUUCUAUAUGGAUGUCGAUCAAUAUUAGCAGCUCGUUCGGCAGAGAAAUUAAUGAAUUAG